GGAAAUCGGAGUUCCUGUAGUAAACCCACGCAGACACAGGGAGAACAUGCAAACUCCACACAGAAACGCCCUGACCCUGAUUCCAACCAAAGACCUUCUUGUUGUGAGACGACAGUGCUAACCACUUCACCACUGUGCCGCCUUCAAGGAAGAACAUUUAUGAUCAUUUCUUUAUCAUUUCCUUGAAGUAAUAAUCACCAUAUUGAUCAUUUUACAGACGCGGUAGUUCUUCUGUCUUAGCGUCUCGGUCUGAUUGUAUUUCCAUGAAGAAAUGAUCAUAAAUGUUCUUCCUUGAGCUGCGGCACCCCGCUGUAGUCUGUAAUGGACUGGCCUGAGGUCUCGCUACAAACAAGCGUCUGCUGGAAGAGAGUAGGUGAGUUGUGUUUAGUCUCUUUGCUAAAGAAAUGAGUCAAAGUUAAAAAGAUGUUUGGUGUCUAGUACUAUGUCUGUGACCCUAUAUGUCCUGUUGAUGAAGUUAGGUGCUGUUCUGAGCAUUAUUUGUGGCUAUAGAGUGGCGUUUUGGUUGAGGGCGUGGCUCUCUGUAUUUCUAUCCUGCAGUCGUUACUAAAGUUGGUAUAACUAGAGAAGCAAGCGGUCGACAACAUUCAUCUCUGGAGGGGGGGUCUAACUCGGUGUUACGGCGUGUUUGACCCUAACAUAAUUUUACGCCGGAAUAUCCCUUUAAGGGCGUCUCAUAUUUCUCAAGAAGAAGCUGGAAAACACCUGUGAGAUCGUCGCUUCGAACAGACCCAAACACCUGGACUGAUUCAACACCAUCAGUCCUGCCUCGUGUCAGGCGGAUAUCCUUGUUUUUCGCAGAGUGCUGGAUGCCCAUAUAAGCGUCUAUAGUGACUCAGAGAACGCUCACUCAGGCCUCGACUGAAGUCUGAACAGGAGGACGGGUUGAUGGAGGCUGUAGGAGGAAACAGCCUGAAUAGCAUAAAACCAGGAAUCAUUCACGGACAGACGCCCACACAGACGCACACUCAUCCAAACCUCUAAAUAUCUAUAAUUAUAUAAGGAGCUUCCUGCCUCCAGCGAAGAACAGGCGCUCCUUCACCACCAAAAUAAACACGGCCUUUCAGCGGAAACCACGUCAAACGUUUGGAGUAAAUUUAAGUGUGUGUUUGUAUUUUUGCUCGUUGUCAUGUUGAGUUAAAUUAUUCCUGAUAAAGUUUGAUUAUAGAUGAAAAUAACAAACAUCCGUCAAACUGGUCCAAUUGAAAUGUCCUGGUUUCAUAGAUGUUUUAACCUCUCUAUCUGCUCCUGGAUUGUCUCUAUUUUAUCCUCUUAAUGCGUUUCUGAUGUCCACUGUCGGGUCUCACCAUCAAACUUUCAUCAGACUCGGACUUAUUUUCAGAUUUUCUACAUCUACACCCCUCCUGUAUCGGCUGUAUCGUCCUUCACUCUCUGUGUUUGUGCUCCAUUUUCCUGCACCUGCUCUGUUUUCUCUAAACGAGGGCUAAACAAAGGAGUCCUGAGGCCGGCGGUAAGAGGAGCUCGCUCUAUUAUGGUGGAGUCCCUGAUGGAGUCCAGGGUGGGGGCUGGGUGGAGGAUGCAGAUUUGCUGUAGUGUCAAAAAAAAAGAUUGCAGGUUAAAAUUACAUUAAGAGGAGGAAACUAAUCCUCUCUUCACCUGGGGACCGUCCCUCACUCACCCCGAACCAUAACUCUUAGUUUUCCUGACACUUCUGGGUCACUGAGAGUCUCUCAAUCCUUUAAUUAUUUACAGAAACGAUCACUUUAUAUCCUCCGAAUCUUGGAGUCAAACGACGACCUCACUAAAGCCUGCGUCUGAGCGAUCGCCUGUUCAAACCAUCUAAAGGAAAUCAAUAUCCCACGUUCACCGCCUCCUCGUCUUUUGGUUUCUUUGGGUUAGUAGAACGUCGUGUGAGUCCCCGUGCAGCAGUGGAGCCCGGUUCGGUUGCAAAUCCCAAUCGGACGUUAGAAUAAAAAAUCAUUAAGCUAUUAAUUGCAGCACAGUUUCCCUGCAGAGUUUGCAGAGGAGAGGUGGGAAGCUCUGCGGCACGUGGAGGCCUCUCCACGCUCACAUGUCUCUUUCUGCUGCCCACACAGACAGGAAAACAGCCAUCAUCGCACGUGUUGCUCUUCCAUCAGACAUGCAGCGGUACGCCGUCCUCGAUGUAGUCAGUGGUUUGUUUCACAAUAACUCUGACCCUGGCGGCUCUUAUAGAGAGAAAAAAACACCACCCAGCGCACACAAUGGAGCACUUACAUGUAUUUCAGUCGCUGCUCCUGCUUUUGUGUUUUCACUCUGAAAGGACAAGUACCAGUCCAAACCAGCGGCUCAGAAACACAUCAUUAUGGUGUUCCUGCUCUGCUGGUCCUCAGCCUGGAGCUCCACAGUCUCAGUCCAGGUCAUAAAAUGAAGAACAAACAGGAAAAAUAACUCGGUGACCUUCUCGGGGGUUUCAUCAGGUCUGGGUUCAGGAGUUUCCACGGUCUGUGAAGGUUUGGGGUCUCACGUUAGCCUGAAGUCUACCAGGAGAAGCUUCAUGGCGAUCCAGAUGUCCUUCUCCAGCAGGACCUGGACCCUGCCCACAGCGCCAGAACUACCAGAAACUUGAUUGUCCAGCUGAACCUGCAAGAGGAUCUCUGGAGUACUUGUCAAGAGAAAGACGCGGGUUACAGAACCCACAAAUCCAGACCAGCUGAAUCAAAGCGACCUGGGUUUUAGUAGCACCCCCGCAGAUCUUCAGGCCGCCAUGCCUCGCCACAAUGAUGCGGUUUUAGUCCCGGUAGACGAUCUCCAAAGAGAACGUAAAUAAACCGAAUUAUAAGAGGUUUUUGUUUCUAAAUCCUGGAUCUCUGAGGACCCUGUUAGUAAAGAGUCUGAAGGUCUCCUGACCUCCAAGAACUUCAUCGUUAACUCUGACACCAGAUCACUCUUUAAUAACCACAAAAAAAACCCCAGUGUUGUUUUUUAGUUGAGAAAUAAUGACUCUGUUUAUGAGGCGUCUUUCCCCCUGAAGGUUUAAUUUACAAACUGCAUCAGAGAAAUGGAGUUUGGGGGUCACAGCGAAGGGCGCAGAUGGUCCUGAAUCAUUAAGAGGAGAAGUUUCUAGAUGACUCUGAAACGUCAUGAAGUGUCAGAGUAACUUUGGGCUUUUGUCCGUUCUGCUGCAGAGAUCAGCAGAUGGUGAUGAAGGUGGAGGGAGGAGGUGAGAGGAGGUGUAGAUCCUUUCAGGGCAGAUGUCAAAGUUAGUUGGUGAUUUAACUAGACUGCUGUCCCGGUCUACGGACUCUGGGUGACAGGGUAUCCCGGGUACUGGAGAGUCCUGAGACCAGAUUGAAGUAAAGGAGCUUUACUCCGAGCCUCCUACUGUGUACGUAUAUAUAUCUGUCUGUGUGUGCGUGUGUGUGUCUCCUAACAGCUGGAGACCGCUGACACAAAAACCAAACAGCUGAAAUAGAUUGAAAAGCUCGGAGGCGGCGAGCAGGAGGAAGCAGCAGCGAAGGAGAUUACACCGAGAACAAUGUCAUCGUGCUGGAGGCGUCAGCGAGCGCGGGUCCAAAAAUAGCUGAUGGUCUCCUCCUGAACAUUUGGUUUGAGUCAACAGUGUGUUCAGAUGAUAUUUGCUCAGAUAAACUCCACAUUUGUUGUUUGUUUUUGCAAGAUCUUCAAAAGUUCGGAGCAGAAAUAUCAGCACAGAAGACUCUGAUAUAAGAAGAGUGUCGUAUACAGCCUUUAUAUAUAUAUAUAUAUAUGUAUAUAUGCUGCAGUAUGAUCACAAGUCUAAUAAGUGUUAAUGAAUCUAUUUAAACGUGUUGCAUAGAAAAAAACAAACAAACACGUCCACGUUAACGUUUCUUUCUCACGCUGCUUCAGUAAAAAAAUGCAAAUGUAAUCAGAGCGUGCGGCCUCCCGUCUCCUCCUGUGAGCCUGAGAAACACGGAGGGUGUGAAAUGGGAUUUCUGCUCCUAAUGUCCCCGUCAUCGGCCUCGCUGAAGACUAAGAGCGGGAGUUCACGUUGCCAUGGAUAUCUCUGAGAUGACUGAGGUAUUUGGCCGUAGAAGUGGCGAGGAGAGAGUGCGGUGGAGAGCUGCCGCUUUAUCUUAUCUCUCAAGGUUUCAGUUUCAGAUCCUCUUCAGGACUGAUCCUCGCCGUGCAAAACUGCAGAAGCUUUUUAAUUCUGCAGAAAAUCUUCACCAUCCUCUGCUGCUCUCAGAGAAAUAAAGAUUUAAUCAUAAAGGAGUUUGGAAGGAAUUCACUUUCCCACCAGGAAACCUGCAACAUGGACGCCCUCAGUCAGUGAACCACAAAACAACCAGGUUUAUUCCUCUUAAAUACGCUCAAAUAAAACGACUGUGUAAUUUACUUUUUACUGUGAAACUGAGACUAUCAUGAAACAGGAGAAUAACAGCAAAGUCCUGCAGAGCUGAGAGCAAAACCAGAGGGUUUAAUGGACCAGAAAUGAAGCUCCUGGUUAUCUUCUAAUUAUCUUCUGGUUAUCUCCUUGUUAGCUCCUGGUUAUGUUCUUGUUACCUCCUAGUUAUCUUCUAGUUAUUUUCUGGUUAUCUUCUAAUUAUCUUCUGGUUAUCUCCUUGCUAGCUCCUGGUUAUGUUUUUGUUAGCUCCUGGUCCUGGUUCUCUGCCGGUUAUGUCCUGGUUUACUUCUGCUUAUGUUCUGGUUAUCUUCUGGUUAUCUGCUGGUUAUCUCCGUGUUAGCUCCUGGUUAUGUUCUUGUUACCUCCUAGUUAUCUUCUAGUUAUUUUCUGGUUAUCUCCUAAAUAUUUUCUGGUUAUCUGCUGGCUAUCUCCUUGUUAUCUCCUGGUUAUCUUUGAGUUAUCUCGGCUCAGAGUGUCCACAUAAAUCUAAACAUCUUGGGCUGAGGAAGGUAACACCCGGUUCAGGAAAACUUUCCCAAAUAAUCCAGGAAUGAAAACACCCCAAAAUUUACAGACAGCUGCACGAUAAUCUCAUGGUAACACGAGACAAAGAGAGUCACAGAAUGAUCUUCUAAUUUUUUAACAAUUAUGGUUUGAAAUCUAAAAUCAGGCCUCAUAAAAUCCACUCACUACGUGAGUCCGGGUGAUUCAGUCUGUUUCUGCGACAUUUCCUUAAAAACUCAGAGUAUUUUCAGAGACUGUUGGAGGUCAUCUGUGGAGAUUUAUGGAUUUAUUCUUGUGGAAAAGUCUCAUUUGACUUCAUGAGACAGAGACCGCCAUCUUUGUUGUGGUCUGGCAGCCAAUCAGAGGCUGUAUCCAUGAUCAGCUGAUAAGAAAACCGAUUAAAUCUCUUGUUUUUGGUGCAGGGGCCAAAGAAAGCAGAAUAGAUGAUUGCAUCAGGAUCAAUAAACUUUAUCAAUCCCCAACCCUGGACAGAAUAAUCAAUAUUUGAUUUGAUACAUUAGUUCUCUCAGAUAUUUGACUCAAACUGAGACCCACAGGUGAGUUUAGUUUCCUGGAUUAAAUUAUCUGUUUGUUGUCGGAUCUGUUUACAUUGUGCCGCUCUGACUAAUCCGAUUAAUGGAGUUAAUCUCUGCUCCUCUUUGGUUUGGAGGAAAACUCUGCAGUUAGUCUGAAAUUAAGAAGUCUGUUUAAUCUGUAAUUAAUGAAUCAAGUCUUUAAUGAUCUCCUCACAUUGUUUCCAUGGUAAUCCUCCUCACAAUCAGCUGUCUGUCUGUCCGUUUGUGAAGCUCGUUAACUGACCUCUCCUGACUGACAGCUCAGUCAUCCAAUAGCUGCAAGGAAUCCACCGAUCAUCCAAUAGGAGCUCAGAGUGAUCUGCAGCUCUCUUCCUAUUGGUGCAGCGUGUUUCUGCUCGGUUGCUGAAGCUUCUCUGCUCUUCAAGGUUGGAUUCAGUCUUCGCACCAGGACGCGGCAGGACCUCCGUGUGCGCACAGACCGGAUCAGCUGAGCCCGAGCUCUGCCCUCCUUCUUCCCCGGGAACCAGUCACCUCCUCCCGCAGCAGCAGCAGCAGAAGUCAUCAUGGAUGAAAUGGAGGAAGAGUUAAAAUGCCCCGUGUGCGGCACCUUCUACCGGGAGCCCAUCAUCCUGCCCUGCUCCCACAACAUCUGCCUGGCUUGUGCCCGGAAUAUCCUCGUCCAGACCCCCGACGCCGAGUCCCCACAGAGCAGCCGAGCCUCCGGAUCCGGCGUCUCCGACUAUGACUACCUGGAUUUGGAUAAAAUGAGUUUGUACAGUGAGGCGGACAGUGGCUACGGCUCCUACGGGGGGUUCGUCAGCACUCCAACCACCCCUUGCCAAAAAUCACCAAACGGGGUUCGGGUUUUCCCUCCCGCCGUCCCCCAGCCGCCCCCUCCGCAGCACCUCCUAGCACAGCCCGGCUCUUUACCGCCGAUCCCCCGGAACUCCUGCAUCACCUGCCCGCAGUGUCACCGCAGCCUCAUCUUGGACGACCGGGGGCUCCGCGGAUUCCCCAAGAACCGGGUCCUGGAGGGGGUAGUGGACCGGUACCAGCAGAGCAAAGCGGCCGCCCUCAAGUGUCAGCUGUGUGAGAAGAGUCCCAAAGAGGCCACGGUGAUGUGCGAGCAGUGCGACGUCUUCUACUGCGACCCCUGCCGCCUGCGGUGCCAUCCACCCCGCGGCCCCCUCGCCAAACACCGCCUGGUGCCGCCUGCGCAGGGGCGGAUAAGCCGCCGCGCCAGUCCCCGCAAAAUCUCCACCUGCACGGAGCACGAGCUGGAGAACCUGAGCAUGUACUGUGUGCAGUGUAAGACCCCCGUGUGUUAUCAGUGUUUGGAGGAGGGGAAGCACGGCACGCACGAGGUCAAAGCUCUGGGCGCAAUGUGGAAACUGCACAAGGUGAGUGCGUGAAACCGACAAAACCGCAAAAUCUGUGAUUCCUCUCUCGUGGAGGGUGUUUUUCUCCGUGUUUGUGUGUCCGUGGGUGUGUUUGCAGUCCUCACUCUGAAUGAUUCACCAUCUUUAGUCUGAGCGGAGCAACAAGUCUGCCUCCGGAAUAAUCUGCGCAAAUCUUGACAGGGUCGUUGAGCGUCCAGAUCCAGAGCAGUGAGGGUGUAGAUUCACGCUUUAAAACACAGCCAGUGAUCGAUUUCACCCUCCGGAUCAUGUUUCAGUCAGUGUUGUGAGGCAGAGAGGGGGUGGGGGGUGGAGGGGUGGGGAGUGCGCACCUCUCCAGACUGGGGACUCCGCUGUUUCUGUGCGCAAAGCUGUCAGGAGGAAGAAGAAGAAGAAGCUCUGUUUGAAAUUCUGUUCACGGCUGGAAACAACAAGGAGGAGGAUUCCUGUCAGUAUGUUCCCAUCAUCGCAGCAGCGUCUUCUUUAUGAAAUGGUGAAUGUUCACUGCUUCACUGAGGAUUCACGUCCUCAUGCUUUCACUCAUCAGGGCAGGAGCAACAAAACCAAAAACAGGAUCUAGAUCAGAGGAUGAUUAGACAGAUCUGAAUGUUUGUUAUUUCUGCAGCCUCUCUCUCUCUUUGGGCUCUCGUUGGUCCUCUGCUUUACUAACACACACUCACUCCUCUGACUCCGUAUUCUUGCCUGUAUCUUUGUUGUGUUUGAUCCUGUUGAACCGUAGAACGAUUAUGUGACGCAGUGUUUCCCACACAGAGAAUAACUGGAUGAGCCGCCCAGGUACAGGUACACCCAGGUUUGUCUGUCCAGGUAUCAUCACAGAUCACUUCAGCACUUCCUCCUUCCUCCUUCCUCGCUCUCUGCUCUUCUAUCUGUGAAUCUGUGUUUAAUUCGGACCUUCCUACGCUGCUGUUGUUAAAGUCAUUUCUGCUGAUGUCAUUCUGCAGUAUCUGAGUCAUGGUUCGCCGUGAAACUCUACGCUGUUGUUGGCGAGUUUUGUUUACAUGCAGAUCACGUGUUUGUGAGAACAGAAAACCGGUGAGGGAUCAGAGAGGUCAAGAUUUGGUGAUUUUAUGCUGAUUAAAGAUGGAGGAAGAGUUACUGGUGUUGAAGUUCUGGUUGAUGAUCUGAGAAGCAGUUGAAAAAACUUGAGCCGUUGAGGCAGAUAACCCCCCCCCCCCCCCGAACCUGUCUCCCCCUCCCCACGACACACCCCCUCUGACAGAGCAAGAAGCUGUCCGGCAGAAGAUCCUACGCUAGCUUCAAACAGGAUUCACCAUGUCGGAUUGUUAGUGACUAGACUAGAGUGGGAGGGGAUGAGUCGGAACUACGGGAGAGGGGUGUGUCGAAUACAGCGAGGUGAUUGGAUGGAGAGGUGGAGCAGGAGAUUGACCAAUAGGAGCUGUCCGGGAUGGAUUUUUUCCAAUCUUUUUUCUCUUCACUUUGUGGAGAUCGCACUAAAGGACCAUGAUCGCCAUAGAAACAAGGUUCAUAAUAAUUACCAAUCUUUAGGAUCAUCGACCAUAUCUUUAACUGGUGUUAACUCACACUUCCCUUUCAUGUUUAUUAGUAAACAAGAUCACGAGAGUCAAGAUUGACGAUUUCUAUAUCCUGAUUUUGAUGCCUUGUCUCUGGCGCUCUCAUCGUAACCCGACCAUUGAAUGACGCUCUUGACCUCAGUGAGAUAAUUCAGAAUAUGUCAAACAAAUUAUUCUGGAUUAUUUUGUUUUCAUGAUCGUAGAAAUCUAAAACCCCUAACUCAGAUUUAGCCUUUAGUUCCUGUUUCAGCUCCAGGGACCUUCAGCACGCCUGACACCGGAGCUCAAACCCUCAGAUUCUGGUCCUCGCAGUAUUGAACCCUCACCUCCACACUCUCAGCUUCCUGCAGCACAAGAGGAACCAGAUAUAGAGGCUUUUCAAACCUCAUCCCACCCACCCACUCCCACUCCCACACUCACAGGGAGAGAAGUGAGCAGCGAUGGUGUCUCAUUGUUUCCAUGGAAAAGAGAGAAAAUGUUUCACCGGAUUUUCACAUGUGAUCCGUUUUCAUCGUUUCAUCUCCGGUCAGAUCUGGACCUGAGUGAGGCAGGUGACCAGGUGACCCCCGGCUCGACCUCGUCCCUCCUCCUUUUUCUGCAGCUUACCCCUCCAUUUUCAAUCUCUGCAGGCUCCAAACAAACAAUCACAGGUAAACUGGUCGUCUACGGCUCCAAAAACAUCCAUUUAUCAGAGCUGCAGUCCAAUCAUCUCCCCUGAAUGGUGCUGAGAUACUGGGUCACCUCAGGUGUGCGGGGUAAAUGGAGGACUGAUGGGAAAAUCAGAGGGGGUCGAUGGUGUCGCUCACAUCAAACCGCCAUCAUUCGAGAAGUUUUCGACCUUUGCUUCUUCAUCUUUCUUGGAUGUAAAAUCGGACGGAGGAGUAUUUUUAGAAAAGCCAUCAACAGCUCUGCGGAUCCUGGAGCCGGUUUUCAUCCCCUCACCCUGUUCUCUGGCUGCUCCUGCUCGUUCCUGACCCGUUAUCUGAGGCCUGCAGAAACGGAGCAGAUGGCUGAGGGCUCGGAGCUGGCAGAACCGGGGGUGGGCAUCUUUCAGAGCUUCAGGGUGUUCCUCCGCACAGAAUCUAUCAGAGAGAAAUCUGACUCUGCUCCAUAAAAAUCUGCACACAGAACCUUUUUCUCUGAUUCUUGAGCUUUUGCAGGAAGAAUUAAGCCAAGUUUUACAAAUGCAGUUAUGGCGACUCUGGCUUCCUCUGAACUCCUGGGAUUGAACGUAAAAUUGGAGCUUAAUUUUUCUACAUGUUUAGUUUAUAAAAUAUCAGAUUAUGAUAGAAAGGAAAAAACAGUAGUUUAAAAAGAUUUUAAUUUGUGUUUAGAGGCAGUUUAUGAUGCAAAAACCUCACAUUGGAGGAGCCGGACCCCCAAAUCAAUCAUCUUAUUUCUCAGAGUCAUGACUUUGGCGAAUUUAAAGAGUUCAGACUCUUUCCUUUUGACCUGCUCUGUAAGAUUAGUCCUAAUAAUAUUAAAUUUAGUUAAUUCUAUACUCUCACCAUUCAGUCAACACCCUGAGUGACGGGAAAAUGUUCGAGUCUUUACCAAACCCACAAAUUAAGAAUAAUUUUACAGACUAAUCUGAAUAUUUUUAACCUCAGGAGUUUUUUCCUCAAAGUCAGAACCAAGAAUAUUGAAUUUAAGUGUCCAUGCUGUGACAUCCUGCAGGUUUCUCUAUUCUCCUUUUUGCACACACGGCUGGUAGACGUCGUUUUGAACAGAGGUGGAUUUUUAUAACAGCCACAGUUGAAGUGUUUGGUAGAAAAUACUGAAGUCUUGUUAAACUGUCCGCAAAGACUCAGAAGAGGAGAAGGCGAAGUGCUGGUUUUAGUCAGUAUGGAGAGCAAAAGCAGGCGUGAUGUAAUCCACCGCAAUAAACGCCCAUAUUUGGUCAUCUGAUGAGUCUUUCUUCCUUUAUUUCCUAUGUAGAGUCAUGCUGCGUUCGAGUUACCUCGGAAGUCAGAUGUCGGAGUUGGAAAUGACGUCACACUCAAGUUACCGGCGUUUCAGUUACAAAGUCAGAAAAAAGCAAAAUCGGAGGCGGAAACAAGAUCGAUACAUCUACGAAAGUUAUUUUAGCACUUGUUAUUUUAUGUCAUUUUAGCAUCCGCUUUUGUAGAUGUAGCCAUCUUUUUCCGCUUCCGAUUUUGCUCUUUUCCGCUUCGGUAACUGAAACGCUUGUAACUCGGGUAUGACGUCAUUUCCAACGCCGACAUCUGACUUCCGAGGUAACUCAAACGCAGCAUGACUUUACAUGUUUAUAAAGAGGAAGUUAGGCUCAUCAGAUGACCAAAUAUGGGCGGCUAUUGCGGUGGAUUAUAUCACGCCUGCUUUUGCUCUCCAUACUGACUAAAACCAGCUCUUCCACCAGCAUAAAUUCAACUAUCUGAUCUGGAUUUAACGUUUACACUGAGACACAAAUCUGUUCAAUUCUGGUUGAACACGCUGACUCACUUUGCUCCUCCCACCUCUCAUUUGAUUUGACCAGAGACACCCAAUUAAAGAUUUAAUCUGGAGACAUUAAUCCAUGAAGGUCCACAGAUAACCUCACGUUUAAUCUGCAAAGGCUGGAUAUGUUCAUGCUCAGGUUGUUGUAGGAAGUAAAUAACCUCAGUGCAGUUAAAGGUUUUGUGUUUCUGUUGCCAUGGUAACAGCCUCUUAAACCUGAGGAGUUUCUUGUCCUCCAUUAAAGUGAUGAAAAAAGCCGAAGAAGUGAUCUGACAUCUCCUUGAUCCGCUGUUUUUCUAAACUUUUUGAACAUUUUUUAGCCUUCACCGAAAACGUCAGAAAACCUUCACCUCAACCGAGAGGCGCUCAGACGUUUACGAACGCGCUCACGUCUUUCUUCUUCUUCUUCUCGUCAAAAUGAUCAAAGUUGGUUUGAUCAGCUGCCUCUCUUCUGACCGGCUCCUCGAUCUGCUGCAGUUUUCACCCUCUCAUACUGACGCAGAGGAACAACAACACAAAGAAAACUCCGAGCUUGUUUCUUAGCGACAAACCUUAAACCCACACCGGCAGCUUUUACCUCGCUCAGCUGAAAACAUGAAGACGCUUUCAGACUUUCAAGGUGAAGGAGUGGGAUGAACUCUCUCUCUCUCUCUCUCUCUCUCUCUCUCUCUCUCUCUCUCUCGCUCUGUGAAAUAUUUCUCUCUCUCUGUGGAGAAGGAGUCCAACCCCCCUGGCGUUAUGGAAACCAGCUCCCUGGAGAGGUUGCAGAGAGCAGCAGAGGUCUCUUAGAUACUGGACCUCAUGAGAACCUCUUCCCAGUCGUUCCUCCUCCUCCUUCUGCUCCGUUCUCUGACAUCUCCUCUCCUCCUUGUUAAACUCCCGAGUUAAAUCGCCGCCCCGCCCCCCUUUGAGACUGCGUGACUGUGUCCAAACAUGAUGGGAAUCAAUGUCACGUCUGUAAAGUCGAUUUCAGUGACGAAGACGAAGAAGAAGAAGAAGGAGAGGCGACCGGUCCGGCUCUCAUCUGCCUCUUCAGAUUUGUGUCAGUGGGUGUUAUGAGCUGACGGGAUGUCGGCGCUAAUCUCUGCAAAUCACAUUAAAAAGAGUAAAAGGGAGUUAAAUCCCCACGUAAUGAUGCUCCUCGUCUCCUCACGGGUGUCAAAGGGGUCGACCAGGACCCUUAAUGCGGUCUAGGUCAGAGUCUGUGGACCUGAACACAGAGAGGGUGGGUGGGUGGGUGUGCAGAAAGUGAGGAGAGAUUCAUCCGAUUGUCACCCAGACGACUCUGCACAUGUCCCUGAAUUCACGUUUUUAGAGAGACCCGGUCCAGGAUGGUCUCAGGGUCUCUUGUCAGGAUCAGUGUAGAUGAGGUCCAGAGGAUGACGUUUGUAACUGAAGGUUCUCAGCAAAAGGAGCAACAAAAACCGAGGAACGUCAGACCCGAUCAGGAGGAACAUUUUCUCAUCUCUUUCAUAUUCUCAUUUUCGACGCUAAAGUGCUGAAAACUGCAGUUCCUAAAGUGUCCACUAGAAGCUGACUCUUGGACUCUCCUCAGCGUCCUCAUCUGCUCUUUCAGUUCUCAUAAUGAGUCAAAAGCGUCCCGGCAGCCUACGGCGACACGGCGGUCUAAAUCCGUGAGCGCGCCGUCUUUGCAGUGAAGCGAUAACCGGAUAAAUCUGGAUCCUUCAUGAUAAGAGAUUCGCUGAUAUCAGGAUGAGACAGAAGACAGAGGCGGGACUCAAGUCCACUGAGAACCACUCUUCACAGCGGGGAGUCUGCUCGGCUUUCUUUAGUUUGACGCCGCUUCAUUUACAGACGCAGAUAUUUACCCUGAAGCUGCAAGAGAAGAGAGAUGAUCUGGAAAUGUUAAUGAAGGAAAGAAGAGACAGAAUGACUGAAAAAAAAAGGAAGAAAGACUCAUCAGCCAGGAAAUGAGCCUGAACAAAGUAUUUCACGUCUGUUCUGACGGAUCUAAUGAAGUUUUUAUUGAGCCGCUUUAAUGAGUCGAAGUUAAAGAUCUUAACAAUCCUCCUGUUUGUUUUAUUUCUCUACCGUCACUCUGCUGUAACUCUAAAAUGAUCGACUACCUGGAUGUAAACGAGCACAGAUGAUGAUCUGAUUAAAGUGGUUCAUCACCAGCAGAGGAAUGUGGACUUUGAACUUUAAGGUAAACUGAAGUCUAUCAGACACUCUCUUCAGACCAGUAAAGACUUAAAUUAAGAACCUCGACCCUGAGAUGAAUUAUUGUAGAAGUAGAAAUGUCUCAGUGCGUCCACAUGUGAGUGGAGGUCAGACCUUGAUGAGACCUACAUAAGCAGCUCUAUUAAUAUCCAUAUUCCUUUAAUCCAAGGCUGACACGGCUCUGAUCUGCUGGUAUUAAGACCGUCUGAGCCGCAGACCUGCGAAGGUGGUGGAAGGACGAACAUCUGAGGACUAAAACCUCUCUGGAGGAGAAAUUCAACGUUUGGAUUGUUUUUAUAGAUGUUUUCAGUCAGUGAUCUACUGGAAGUACUGUGCGUCAUCCUUUCAAAAUAAAAGCAUCUUUAUGACAUUUGCAAAACUGUCAAAAUACUUAAAAUAGGGCGACCAUACGUUCUCUUUUACCCGGACAUGUCCUCUUUUUUGGGGGCUGUCUGGGUUUGUCCGGGGAAGUUUUUAAAGUCUGUCAAAUGUCUGCAGUUUUUGCACGUAAUUUUCAAGUUUGUGUCACGCGGACUUACUGAGUGAGAAUCGCGAAAAGACAACCUGUAAAAACUCUCAAAAUGAACUUUGUGCGACUUCGUGACUCCGCCCCCAGGUAGUCGUGUCCUCUUUUUGUGAAGUCAGGAUGUGGUCACCCUCAUUAAAAAUAUCAAAAUUCCGGUUAAAUCCCAGAUACUUGUCCGUAAAAGAGUCAAAGUUUCUUUGCUGCAGUGAAAGUGAAAAAGUGUAGAAGUCUACUCGUUUUUAUGUAAAAGGUCAUUUUUCUUACUAUGUAGUGAAGCUCCCCUCAGACUUGGAGAAUAUUGACCUGAAAUCAUCUUCAUUUUAAAUCCAAAACUAACAGAGUGAAAAAAGCAGGACGGUUCAUCUCUAAAUCUGCUCCAAUGUUGUUGAUUCAACGAUCCAGACGCUUUCAUUUCGCCGUCUCGUCUCCAUUUCCACUUGAUGCAUCUUUUAUGUCACGCACACGCCGACGAAUGUGUCGAGGAUCGGUCGUUUCUUCGCGUUCACGUCACAUGAUGAAGGUCAGAGUCAGUCCUGGCGUUGAGGAGGUGAUCCAAAAUCUAAACAUGAUGAAAACUUUUCAACACAAACUAGAUCAGCUGAUGAGAUCCGAUCAUGUGCAGAGGAAGUCGGCCUCCACCCAGAAUAGAACCAGAAUCACUCGUGGCCCAGUUUCUGCGGCGCUGUCCCCAGUGCCCGUCAAAUAAGGACUCACGUGAAGAGACUGGGACAACUUUGGAGAGUCCUCAUUAUUCCUGUUAUCAGAGUUUCCGCUCCUCUUCUUCUUCUUCUAGUUUCUGGUGUGUGUGGAUAGUUAACUACGUCCUCUGCAUUAUUGAUGGCGGCAGAUAUAAGCGAUGAAUAAUGCACCAGCCACUUAGCUUCAGCCUGUGGAAGACGGCUUCAUGAGGGAUCUUGUUAAACACAGAGGAGAAUCACAAUCUGGACGAGUCGAAACUCCUGGAGCGUGUUGGAGGAUGUAACAGCUUAAUUUUUCACAGCAGAGACCGAGAGUAUCACGGAGUCGUCUGCUCAGGAUUUCAGACCGGGUCCUCUGAGGGACGAGGAGAAGCCUGUAAACAACCGCGAGCUGUCAUGGUCGAGACUCUGGUUAGUGACGCCGCAGGGGGAAACAAAAAUCACAGAAGGGCUGAACGAUCUUUUUCUGUUUUUUAUUCAGUGACAACUUCACCAAACUUCAAACUCUCAAAACAAAACCACUGAAAACGAUGUAGUGCAUACUCCAAACCAGGAAGUGGCGCUGUAACGCCGCACAGGAAAUGAGCAAAAGACAGAAGAAGAGUACAGAGCAUGAGUAUCAAGGUUGUUUUGGCGCCUUAAAGGAGUUACGAUGUGUGUCACAUGAUUGCUUCCAGAGAUGCAGAUAGACAUCCACACGGAGAUGAAAUGGUCGUCGUUUAAGGAUUUAUUCACUCUCUGACCCGUUUUUAAAAAGUACCGUUUACAGUCACCUGAAACGCCGUUUCCGUGUACGCAAAUAACUUGAGCGCCUUCCGUCAGACUUUGCAGCGAGGAGUGAUUAAAACAGUGAAGUCGUACCAAUUCAACACGACUGACUCACUCUUGUCCUAUUUAAUCACGAAAUUAUCGCCUUCUUUAGCAAACGCCAUGUUUGUUUACACUGGUGUGUGUGGGAACUGGGGAGGAAGGGGGAGGAGCCUACGGUGGCCUGGAGGUGCAAGACAUGAUAGAGAGGAAAAUCAAUUUGAGGAUUUUAAUUUUUUAACAUCGUCAUAAUCAAAUAAUCUGAUCACAGACGGGUUGUCAUGAAUAAUCUAAUUUUUGGAUCUUGCCUCUAGUGGCCGCUGGAGGAACUGCAGAGUUUUUACUCCAUGUUGCUGGAGAUUUUCUGAUGCACCCAGGAUUAAAUCCACAAAAUGAGUUCAGCGGCUCAGACCCGCUCCCUGAGAGUUGGCUCCGUUUUUAUAAAGUAGGUUACUGGAGCUCAGAUUCUCUAUUUUGAACGGAUGAAACAUUUCUUGGAUGUAUGUUUUUUCAUCAGCUGAAGGAGGAGCGCUGUGGUUUGCCGCAGCUUCGGAGGUUUAGCGCCGACAUUACACCGGCCUCCUGCGCGGCUCGCACGCCCCUCUUCCUAAAGGGGGCUUAAAUCCAAAUUGGCUCUGACGCCUCCCUGACACCCUCGCUCUCCUGUGACAGAUUGGCUGGUUCACUCGGCCGCUGAGAGAGACGGAAACAUGCAGAACGGCCCCGGAGCUGCUGGUGAAUUAUUCAUGCCCCGCACGUGUUCCCACUCGGCUUAAUUACUGAGAUGAUUAGCGCUUCCAAAUAGCAGGACAUCCUAAACCUCCCACCACCUCCACAAAUCCUCUGCAGCUGAUUGCAGACGUUCCAGCUCUCUUCCUCUCCUCUGCACUGAUGUAGCAGCGGCGUGUUUUUCGGUCUUCGCCGUUUCUGAACAAGCUUUGAGUCAUGUUGCAUUAAUGUAAGUGGAGAAUGUGGAGCAAACCCUCCUCAGAAGAGCCUCUGAUGGAGCGCAGUGUUCAUCAGUCAGGAAACCUCUCAAUGUUUCCCACAGUCGAUUAUUUAUGCAGACUCUUUUAUGUGCAUCUAAAACACAUGAAACUGCAUUUAAUUAAACCACGCAUUAAUCAACUGACCUUUAAUCAACUGACGUUAGCAGAACCGGAGGCAUCAGUCGUGCAAAGUCAGAUUAAAGUCGUGCAAAAAGAGGCACAAUCAGGCAACUUUUCUGCUCAGGAAUGAACAAACAAGAAAGUUUGAAUUCAUUUUAAAAUCUUUUAAACCUAAAAGAUUUUAAGUCUUAGCAGGAGAUUCAUCAGAAUGAAGUGAAAGCUCUUAGGUCACGUUCACACCAGUCUUGUUUAGUCCAGUUGAACUGAACCCUGGAGCGUUUACCUCCUUGGUGCGGUUUGUUUUGGUUGGUGUGAACGCUGACCUCGAACUCUGAUGCGGACCAGUCAACUGCUCUCGGGUCCACCUGGUAGAGGUGGUCUCGGACCACUAUAAGGUGAACUCUAGAGCGGUUUACCCCAUCUGCACCGAUCAUCGAGGUAGACUCUCAUUAUUGCGGGUCGUCUUCUGUGAUACGACCGUCCGAUUGCAGAGCGUCUCCUACGACGUGCGAGUAUAGAUACAUUAUUUUAUUGUAGGGAUGGAAAAAAGAGGACAUUAAUACGCGGGGUGGACUUGUGUGGGCAAUUUUGAGGGGUUUUUUUUUUAAAUUUUUGAUUGUGUCGAGUGUUUCUAACAAUUUAGUGUAGACUUGCACUCGUGAGACUGUUUUUCAAGGCUCCCGGAAGAAGGGAAUUGUUUGGAUAAAAUGUAAAUGAUGUUGAUGGAUUGAACCAUUUGGAACCGGUUCUCAACAAGAACUGGUUCUCGAUUCCCUUCACUAUUUAAUUGCCACUGUCUUCCCAGCUGUUCAUAUUUGCGGCCCGUUAAAGUCUGCUGGUAUACAGUCUAGAUCAGCACCAACAUAAAAACGAGCAGACGACGCUCCACGAUGGUCCACGAUGUUCAGUAAAAAUUGCGAGGGAUUUGUCGUCUACUCGCCUAAACUGUAAAAGCAUUUACCAAACGGCUUUUGCUGCCAUGUGACCAUUUUUGGACCGUCUGAGUUUGGUCUUUGUGAACAUGAACAGGACCAGUUGAGAAAUUGCAACAAUGCAUCGUCAAUAUAUCGUCAAUGCAUGAUCCUCGUUUUGGUUCGUAUCAGAAAACGGACCUUUUGAAGUGAUUCAGAAGAAUUACGGUCAUUUCAAUCGUUGGUCUGCAGCGAUCAUCGCCGUGAAACUUCAGCUUCUUCAUUUCCAAAUGUUUUGGUACCAAAGUGCUCUCUGACCCACAUACCGUCACAUAUGUGACCCGGCUCUGCAGAGCCGUGAGGAAGCAGCUGUGAGCGGUCCUCAAACAAAAAACAGGCGGAGCGUUCACGGCACGUUUUGACCCGUUUCUAAGGACUGAGCUCUGCAGGCUCUCCAACAGACGCUGCAGAAACAAAAAACGCCUCCGGACAUUAAAGAGCUUUUCAUUUCAGCGGCGGACACUCUCUGACUGUUAGGCAGGAGCUGCAGAAACCUGUUUGGAUGCUGGUUCUGGUUUUUGUUUUACUUUAUUUGAAUUUAAUGAGCUUGUCUUCCUGUUCAUGACCUUCGUUGGAGUUUGGACAAUCACGUCAGCUGUAAAAUGGAAAGUUUUCAUCAGGUCCAUUUACGCUCUUUCAUGCCAAGAAAAAUCAGGCAUGGUGUUUGUUCAGCCCGGAGAACAUCAGCUGACCUCCACCUCCAUCAGCCCUCUGAUUCAUCGGUCUACCUAGAUGUGGUUCUUCUCUGCACAGAUUUAUCCAUCUAUCACUACAAUCAGUGCUUCUGAACUCUCCUGCAGAUCUUGACGUCCAGAUUUGGAGGAUUCUCAGACGUGGUCAGGCUGAAGGUGAACAUGUUCUCAUCUGCAGCUUCACAGAGCAUCUCCACGAAGGUCUCCUGAGGGUCCUGGUAUUAGAGUCGACAGAUAAACAAACAAACACGUUCAUUCCUCCUCACUCUGGAGACGCAGAAAUAUGAGUCCCGAGUUAACAAAGAGGAAGCUUCUGGAAGUCCUUCACAGCCGGAGAGGGUUUACAUUUCAGUCUUUGCUCAGCUGCUGCCGGCUCAGACCGUCACUCACUGCUGCUGCAGACUCAUUUUAGCUGCAGCUGUCAUGGUUUCCCAAACGCAGGGGUCAGAGGUCAGCUGCUGGCCCCUACAGGCGGAUUCCCAGUCGACCGGCGAACGUCAGAUAGCGGGCGUUGGGUUGACACAGCGUUGUUUUCACUGCUUUUUCACUGUAUCAGCUUAUUCCAGCUUUUAUCACUCUCUUCCUGAGUUUCAGGGUUUUCUUUUUUUCUUUUUUCCACGCGGCGCCCUCGUCCUUUCUUUUCCUCCCAGAAGACAAUACGCUCCCCAAGUUGACGGUUAUUCACUCAACCAGAAGGAGGUUCCCACGACGAGUCAGACCACGUCCUCUCGCUCCGUCGCCCCCCUUGUUCACACAGACUCUGCGCACAUACAUGAACGAUCGGCGCGGUUUUCCCUCCGCUGUCCAAACAGGAGCGUUCAAAACAGACACUUCCUGUCGCAUGUGCGGGACUUAAACCCCCGAACAGUCGAGUUAGUGAGGAUAAUUAAUCUGAUUUGAGUCUGAACGAGUCGGGGUGAAAACUUUGACACCUUAAAUAUCAGUUUCUCACCGACCAAUGAGAAGCAGCUUUGUUCUGAAGUGACCACCGAACAGUUUGGGAUCAUCCAGAAGUUUCCAGAUUUAGAGCGAAGGUCUGUUCACAGCCUGUCAGCUGGAGGGGGGGGUCGGGACUGGGAGGUCAGAGUGGGCAGGAAAAAAAAACCUGGACUGAUCUGAAUCUCACGCUGGGACGGAUUUCACGGUUUUCUUUUCUGUAGAUGUUGGUUCACUUUGAAGGGAGGACAUCUACACACAAAUAUCUACAUUAAAGAGCGGCUAACAAUCAGAUUUAGAUCAAAUAUAAUCCGUAUCAUGAUACUGUUUUUUUAAAGCAAACUCUUGGCUCAUACAGUGAGAGGAUCUCAGGAAAAACCUCUGUGUGUGUUUUAUUAUUUACAGUGAAACUGGGACUCAGAUAUGAACAGAUAUAAAACAACGUCAGAUGUUCGGAUCACUUUAAAGUCAAACUGAGACUUUCCAGAAAUAGCUGAACAGAUAUAGGGAAACUAUUUACAGUGAAACUAAGACUGCAAAGAAAUAAAAUAAGAGUUGUAGAGUUAUGAUACAUGUUUUAAACUGAGACUUACCAGAAACAAACAGAUUCAGGAUUAUGUAAAAGCAGUCUGUGUCUCUCACUACUUACAGUGAAGCUGAGACUCUAACGUAAUCCUGACGUUACAUACUGAGAUAAUGUUUGCGUAAGACUCACAGUAAACCGAUGAAGAGUUGUUGGAUUAUGUUAGGCCAGCCUGUUGGUAGAUGACUAUUUACAGUGAAGCUGGGACUCAAAGGAAACAGAUAAAACCAUGUGGGAUUAUAGUAGAUGUCUGGAUAAUGUAAGAGGCAAACAGACUCACCAGAAACAGACAAAAGGAUGAAUCUUAACAUUUACAGUCAAACUGAGACUAAGAAAAAAAGAUGAAGAUGCUGGGUAGCCUCUGUGUAUCGUACUCUUUAUAAUGAAACUGAGACUUAACAGAAACAGAUGGAAACUUGUAGGUUAUCCUUCAGGAUUUUAACUAUUUACAGUAAAACUGAGACUCAGAAAAAGAACAGAUGGAGAUGUAGGAUAACCUCCAUGUAUUUUACCACUUACAGUAAAACUAAGACUCCCUGGAAACAGGUGAAGAUGUGGGAUAGCCUCUGUAUAUCUUACUCUUUACGAUGAAACUGAGACUGAGAUGGAAACUUGUCUGUUACCCUUUAUGUUUUUCACUAUUUACUGUAAAACUGAGACUCAGAAAAGAACAGAUGAACAGAUGUGGGGUUACAUGAGAUGUCAGGACAAAAACAGAUGUUUGUGUGACUUACUGACAGUGAAACUGAGACUCAUCAGAAACAGACAGAUGUGGGGUUUCACUUCACUCAGAAUCCUCUUCAAACUGGUUUAUUUCAGAGGUCCUGGUUCCCUGGUUGAGGUGGAUCUAAAAGGUUUCACAGGUGCUUUUCUGGAGGUUGUAAAAAACCCUGAACUGUUUUUUUUUUCCUUUUAUCGGUUUGGACAAAAGUCUUCAGAUCGUUUUGUCCCUCUGCUCAAAAACUGUUUCAUCCGUAGAGUUUAGAAACUCGAACCGUCUACAUUUUUGAAAAGCUCUUUUUUCCCAUCAGAGACCUCUAAACUCGUCAUUAUUCUGUCCUCUCUCUGCCAUCUUGACUCCACGCUUUAAUCUCUCUCUCUCUCUCUCUCUCUCUGUCUGCAGGGUCAGCUGUCUCAGGCUCUGAACGGCCUGUCAGACCGGGCCACCGAGGCCAAGGAGUUCCUGGUCCAGCUGAGAAACAUGGUCCAGCACAUCCAGGUAGAAUAAAAACCGCCGCCCACUUCCACUUCACCUCAACGACUCGGGGUUCAACUUUGUUUCUGAAGUUUGUCCUUUUUUCACCCUUCGUCUCGUCUCUCAGGAGAACGGCGUGGAGUUCGAGGCCUGUUUGGUGGCGCAGUGCGACGCCCUCAUUGACGCUCUGAACCGACGCAAAGCUCAGCUGUUGGCCCGAGUGAACAAAGAGCACGAACACAAGCUGAAGGUGAGCGAGGAAAAACGGUCUUCUACUGUCUGAGUCCAUUUAGAGAGUGAAAGAGACGCACCAGGGAAACGUUAACGACUUAUUUCUAACGGACAAACACUGGAAAUGAGUCUAAAUUUAAAGAGAUAAAACGGCACAAAGGAGAUCUUAAUGUGGAGUGAAGAUUAGGCGCAUUAAUCAUAAUAAUAAUAAUAAUAAUAAUAAUAUGAGGAGUGAAACAUUCUGUGUCGGAGCUGGCAGGAAGAUGCUGAAGGGAGAUUUCUUCCCGAUCGUUUCCCACGCACACAUUUGUCUUAAGACCAUCUGCAACAUUGAGCAGGAGACAUAACAGUGAGGAGGAGGAGGGGGGUGAGAUACAUUUGUGCCGUACGGCGUCCAAUUUCAUGCUUGGCCGCGCUGUAGCACGGUGGUUUUCACACACGUCGUCUGUUUGAGAAACAGCCUGUGCGUAGAAACACGGACGCCAACAUGCAGCACUUUCAGAUUCUCCAGUUUGAUCGCUCAGACGUGUCAACAGAGAUCGUUUUGAUUUAUUCACUUGGAAAUCACUGAGCUGGUCGCUGUCAGAGUCACACCUGUCGGUCUGUUACUCCAUUGUUUGUCUCUGAGAUUAUCUGGUGUAGAUAUGAACCUCAGAAUCUCCUCAGAUUAUCCUUCAGAACAUGGGAUGGUGUUUACAUCUCUCCCCACAGCUGGACUGUAAACCUUCAACACUGUAGGUUAUAACAUUCAGACGGCGUCCUGUUUAUGAUGGAUGGUUGUUAAAUUACGAUGAGGUGUUCAUCAUCAGACAAAGGAGCUCUGCGUACGUUCAUGCCUCUAAAACUGAGGAAUACAAAUGUGCAGAUCAGAUCCUGAUCGGUGUCUCCAUGAUCUGAAUCUGAACCCCAGGAGAAGAUGGUUUUCCUGUAUCAGUGAGACCUGCUCUCAGAUUCAGGGACUCUGCUGUGAUCUGAUCAGUAACCUGCAGGUCUGGGGACAGGAGGGAGAGGCAAGAACUGCAGUUCCUCAAGAGACCACAAGGGGCUGGAACCAAAAACUGAGUCAAAUCCUCAGAAACGAAAAUGAUGUAAGAGUCAGCUGAUAGAAGUGAUGGAUGUUUAGGGGCGUGGAUGGAUGGAUGGAUGGUUAGAUGAAUGGCUGGAUGGAUGGAUGGAUGGAUGACUGGUUAUGUGGAUGGAUGGAUGGAUGGAUGACUGGUUAUGUGGAUGGAUGGAUGGAUGGAUGACUGGUUAUGUGGAUGGAUGGAUGGAUUAAUGGAUGGAUGGAUGGAUGGAUGGAUGGAUGGACAUUGGACGGAUGGAUGAAUGGUUAGGUAGAUGGUUGGAUGUAUGGAUAGAUGGAUGAAUAGAUGAAUGGAUGGUUCGAUGGAUGGUUGGAUGAUAGAUGGUUCAAUGAAUAAAUGUAUGGAUUGUUGGAUGGAUAAAUGGAUGGAUGAAUGGUAAGAUAGAUGGAUGGAUGGUUACGUAGAUGGAUGGAUGAUGGAUAGAUGGAUGGACGGUAAGAUAGAUGGUUGGAUUAAUGGAUGGAUGUUUGGUUCAAUGGCUAAAUGAAUGGAUGGAUGGAUGGAUGGAUUGAUGGAUAAAUGGAUGGAUGGAUGGAUGAUUUGAUGGAUGGAUGGAUGUUUGGAUAGAUAGAUGAUGGUUCGAUGGAUAAAUUGAUGGAUGGAUGGAUCAAUGGAUGGAUGGUUUGAUGGAUGGAUGGAUGGCUGGAUGCUUAGAUGGAUGUUUGGAUAGAUGGAAGGUUAAACAGCUGAUUGGUUGGAAUUAAAACAUCAUUUUAAUGACCUCGAGUGUUUCUCUCUGAACUCUGAGUUUGUUGAUCUCGUUCUCUGAGUUUCAGAUCCUUUGGUCCCUUUGGUCUCCAGUCAAACAUGAGGUCGUCUUUAGUGCUGAAACAGAGACUUCAUAAAGGGGGUCCAUAGAUCUGGUCUUCACACUCUGAGCUCCAGAAGAACUAAAUGUCAUCUCUGCGUUUUCAUCUCACUAAUGAAGCGCUCUGAUUACAGAUAAAUCAACAGGAAGCGCCGAGAACAGAACAGAGCGGCCUUCAUAUCUCCUGCUGCUCCUGACGCCAGAUCCCAGUUGCCACGGUAACCGGCACAUGUAGAGGUUGUUGUGCGAAGCUGCGGAGGCGAGAAGUAGUCCUUUAAAAACAUGAGUCAGGUCCUCACACAUGAGAAGGACUGACCUCUGAGAGUCUGUGGAGGAUGUGAGAUCGUCCUACAUGCUGGUUCAGGAUUAGACCGACAGGGGGGGUCAGUCCAGUAGAUUAGCUUAGCUCAGCAUUUACAGAGGAAAUCAGCUGAUUCACCUGAAACCGAACAAAGACUGUAGACCCGGUCUUGUUUGUUUGAGACCUCAGAGUCUGGAUGUUUCCUCAGAUCCAGAUCAGUCCUGACGUGGAGCUGUACUGAUCAAACAGAGACUCUCUGUCAGUCCCUGUUCUGGUUUUCACGGGGGAUCUGAGAUCUGAUGAGGGUUUCUUCUGAAGGCUGAUCAGAGGAACACAAAGUGAAUCACAAACGAAGUCGCUCUCAAUCUUCUUCCAUCUCUCUGCGAAGUUCUUCUCAGCAGAUCCUUCGUCCUCCGAUCAUCAGACCUCGGAUGGUGGAUGAGCUCAGCUGCAGUGGAGCUGUUUAUGUGACCCCCAGAGAGCCUCAACAGGGCCCUAGGCAAAAUUAGAUGUUGGGGCCCUCUAUUUCUGCCAAUAAUAUUGAUUAUUGAUCAUUCACACACCUUCACAAAUCUUUAUGACAUGCAAAUAUACCUUUAUCUUGGCGUUUUUCCUCGUCUUCCUCGUUCUUCUCUCGGCUCCUUUUUUGUGACAUUGUUUUCCCCACAACUACCUGAGCUCUGGAUGCUCAGUGCACAGUACAAGUAGACAGCAGCAGCUUUGAUAUAUCGGCAGUAACUGGUUAAACCCACAGGAUCUAAAACAGCUUCGCUCCGCUCUGGACUGGCAGGCGGAUCAGAUCACCAAGCCUACAGCGCCCACCUGAUCCGAUCCACUGCCUCAAGAGAUUACCGAUAUUUCUCGUGAGACUCGAUGUGAUCUCACGAAUGAGAUCAGCUGAUCAGUGUAUAUAAACGCCCACAUCCCACAACCCUGGCCUCUCCUAUUAUCCAGUUAACAGUUCAACGUUUUGACUUUAUUUUAUUUUGAAAAUUAACAGGAUAUUUUACUCUGUAACCGCGUACAAGUUCCGCUGCUGCUUGAACUAUUAUUUUUACAAUAAUAUAUAUUUGAUCAUACAAGCAUCACUCAUACAUUGCAAAAAAAUAAAAACUGUUUUAUUAUUUAUUUUUUUAAUGCUCUUGGGGGCCCCCUACUGGCCGUGGGGCCCUGAGCAGGUGCCUAGUUCCCUUAUGCCUCAGGUCGGCUCUGUGAGAGGGGAUCCCUGAAACCCUGGACUUCUGAAAAGCCUCUGAUCCAGCUCUUCUUCUUCUUCUUCUGUCAUUUUAAUGAUAUUUUAUCUCCGAGCUUCUUAAUUUGACGGCAGAGACGCUCUGAGGAGACAGUAGAUCAUGAAGACGUCUCUCUGUCCUCUGAUGACUGACUGUCGUCCUCAGACUCACUGAUGAUUUUAUCACUGCAGAAAUACACUCGUCACUGACACGCCUCAGUCCCCCCCUCUGCAGAGUUUCUUCUUCUCUUGUGUUUUCUCUGAUGAUGACGAUGAUGAUGAAGAAGUUAAAGUCCUGCAGGUGUUAAACUGAUCCUCACUGACAGCUCCAGUGUCUGUGGACAUCGUACUUUUCACUUCCACUGACCGUCUGUGCAGCGUGGAGCUGAUUGUAAUUCUUUUGGUCACAGUGGUUUCAUCCUGACAUCAGUCUGAGUUUUCCUCCUCCUCCUCCUCCUCUUCCUCCUCUUCUUCCUCCUCCUCCUCCUCUCUGUCCUCACUUACCCCUUUUAUUCUGCUCCCCGCUGCGUCUCUAUACAUCAUGUCAGAGUUAUUAAAUCAUCUCUGUGCACAAAGUCAAACUGUUUGUACUGUGUGUGUGUGUGUGUGUGUGUGUGUGUGUGUGUGUGUGUGUGUGUGUGUGUGUGUGUGUGUGUGUGUGUGUGCUGCAGCAGCAGAGGGACAGGUGAGAAGGCUGCAGCUCCAGCGUGUUAUGAGGCCAGCAGUGCCGCAGUGGCCUCCUCUUCCUCCUCCUCCUCCUCCUCCUCCUCCUCCUCCUCAGAACUCCGACACAAACACACAGAUGAUUUAUUCCUCUGAGUCGCUGAUGAGGAGGAGCAGGAGGAGCAGGAGAUGUUUCCAUGAUGGUGGAUCGAACAUGUGACAGGAAGUGACAGAGAGUUUGAUGAAGUUAUGAACUGAACUUUGAGUAAUCGUAGUGUCUCUCGGUCAUGAUUUGUCGCUCUCUCUCUCUCUCUCUCUCUCUCUCUCUCUGUUCGGGGUUGUGUUCCCAGUGUGUUGAGCUGCCGUGACUCAGUGUGACGUUGUGUUAAAUCACCAUGACAGCCACAUAUGUCUGAGAGGACGAGGUUACUUCAUCCUUCAUCUCCACUGCUGCAGAAACUCUGGCCCACUUAGACUCGGCUCUGCCCACUCAGAACGGCCCUGAAACGGGUUUUUGUCCCUGACUCAUCUCGCUCUCUCUCUCUCUCUCUCUCUCUCUCUCUCUCUCUCUAUCUCUCUCGUUUCUCUCUCCCACUCUUAAUCAAUUUCUCCCACUUCAGCUCGACCCACACUAAAUUUUUUAAAUCUUCACGGAUGCUGAGAUGGAGAGACUGCAGAUGAAUAAGUGAGACAGUGAUGGGGUAAACAUUUGAUUGCAGGUUUUGAUUGGUUAGUUAUUAUUUAGCUGUUUUAAUCCUGUGUGAGUCGCUCAUGUUUGAUAUAUGUGAAGUAAAAAUUCAGGGUGAAUCUCCACCUUAUAUUUCAGACGUCCUGUAGUCAUAUAAAUCCAGUCCAAGUUGAACAUCUCGGUCAUUUGCGGUGGAAAUUUUGUCGUCUGCGGCUUUUUUUUCUCUGUUUUUAAUAAUGAAGGUUUUCACAGAUGAAUCUGAGUCAUGUGACUUUACAGAAGUGAAAUAAUCUCUACAUACUGACGCGUCUGUCAAGAUUGCCAUGAGGUCGCUGCGCCAUCUACAGGAUAAGUCGGGGAACUUUUCAAACGGCGGAACAUUUUCAAAGUGAAACCGAAUCUUAUUCUCUGCAUUUAAUUCCAGAAAAUAUCGUCGAAAAUCAGCGAGUUUUGGCCGAUUACCGAUGAGUCUCAAAUGGGCGAAAUUGGCCGAUUUAAUCAAUAUGCCGAUAAAUCAGUUGGGCCCUAAUUGACACUUGAUACAGCCUAUGGGCGUACGAAGAUUGCGUGGCUCACCCGGGGGAUACACUGUCUGAGCCGAGCGUCAUCACAGCGACUCUCCCGCCGAAUUCGUACAAGUUACUGCGCAAUGUUGGUUUAAGGAAAUGGAGAAAAAUUGCAGGAUUACCGAGAGCUUUUCAACUUCAAAUCUGUAUACUGGAGGAAGGCGGAACCAAGUUGUCCAGAGUAUAAACAGUCUAUGGUAACUACUGAUAAUUAAACAACAAUAAAAACAAACGUCUUUUUCUACCAAUCAAGAGAUACUAUUAUCAUUUAUAAUCACAGAUAAAUCUCCGCUCUACAUGGUCUUAUAUCGAUACUAACAGAUCUCUCUUGGUGCAGAAUUUAAUUUAUCAUUUGACGUCGCCUCUGCAGACAGAAAUCACUAAGACUGUCAAAAAUAGACUUUAAUCUUUAAAAACAUGAUAUAAUUCACUGAAAAUGUGUCCUAAAGUUUGAAUACUCAUGUUUGAAGGAAGUUUAUGAUCCUCAUUUUAUGAAUUUUCAGCAUCUUGGAAAUGAAGCUGAGGUGUUUUGGCUCCAUUUGAACCUGAAGUCUUAUCUUCCACUGAUAAGCAGGUAACUGUGUCUCCACUCUCCAUCCCGGCCUCGUUAUCUCACUCAGUGUUUGUCAGACGGGAGUUUGUUUCCAGGACUGACAGUCUGCUGAUCGGCUUGCUGAGCAGAUUGUCAGGAAAAUACAUCUGCAACGCUGCGAGAAAGAGAGAGAGACCCCAGACAGGAGAAAGGACGGGCACAAUAGAAGAUGUCAGAAUAUCUGAAAUAAAUCCCCUCAGCCUGUUUUGUAGCCUGUGAGCGGAGAGAUUGUGAUUCAGGCGGCGUACAGAGGAGGGACAGCCGGGCUGAGUGUUGAACAGCAGCGAGGAACUCUCCUGGAGCGCCGCCAGGCCACUGCAGUCGAUGCUCCCGGCGUGACACAGCAGAGAGAGUCUGGACCCGAGCCAGAGAAAUAUAGACCCGACCAUCGGAGCUGGAGUCAGGAGAGCUUCAGCAUCCUCCGACUGAGUAAAUACAACAUGAAAUAAACUCUAUUAUGUUCGUCUGAAGGUCAGAUUUUAGUUUCUAAUUCAUGCAAACUUCUUCUGUUUGAGUUUUUAAAGCACGAAGAUAUUUCUGCAGCUGAAGGGUCUGAAACCGAGAGAAGGAGGACGGAGCGAAAACGGUUCCAGACUUGCCCUGAGCUGACCCUCUUUGCUCUCAGGACUGGUUUUAGAGUCUCUGUUGAGGCUGUAAUGAGAUUCAAACUAAGUCUGACUGAAUAAAAACAGUGAGGAAGUCUAAACCCUGUGAGAAUAAGUGGAUUUUAGCAUUUUUUAAUGUGUUUUAAUGAGGAUUGACUCACUGUUGGAGUCAGCCUCCUGUGGCCACAUGAGGAACUGCGGUUUACUGCUGAAAAUGAUCAGACAAACGGUGCAUUCACAGCCGUUUUACAUACAGUAAUGACUCUGCAGCUCGUGUCACUCUGAGCUCUAAUAUGGCGGCCUGUCCUGUUGGUCAUGUGACACACCGUCACAUCUCGUCCACACACGCUGACUCUCCGUGUCUGCAUCCAUCUCUAAACCAUCUUCCUGUACAUACUGUGGGUCUGCAGAGAGGAUUUUCCUCUCUCUCCAUUCAGCCUCGCCGCCCCUCAGAUCGCAGCAGUGAAGUUUCUGUUACCUAGCAACCGGCGGUCCGGCAGCUUCAUUUAUUUUACACUGCUACGAGGAGGAGCGGUGGACAUCAGCUGAGCGGGGGGGGACUAAAGAGAGGGUCUCCAUCGUAACGUGUAAAAAUGUUAGGAUGAGACCAGGUUUGGAGGAUGGACUGAGACCUGUGGUGGACUCCUGGGACAGAAACAGAUGUCCCCCCUUGUUUUUGAUCCUAGUGUCGGUCUACAUCAUGUUGUGUUGUCUCUGAUGUGACCGGCGCCGCUGACGGCGGUUCACACGACUGUUGUGUGAAGGAAAAUGUCACAGAACAUCCAUGAACGUCAGUAACAGGACCGGUCGUCCCGUCAGACUCUCAGCCUUCGAAAAGACAUCAUGACACACUCUUGGUAUUUGCCUCCUUGUGUCCUUCCUUCCUCGUCUCCUUGUUCACUUCCCCUCUCUCUCUGUUUGCUCUCGUUCUCCAGGUGGUCCGGGAUCAGAUCUCUCACUGCACGGUGAAGCUGCGUCAGACCACGGGGCUGAUGGAGUACUGUAUGGAGGUCAUCAAGGAGAACGACCCCAGUGGAUUCCUGCAGGUACAGGGAUCACGGUCUCACCUCCACAUCCUCAUGAGUCACGACAACUUAAAGGGAUAUUCCGGCGUAAAUUUAAGUAACCUGCUUCUCUAGUUAUACCAACUUUAGUAACGACCGCAGGAUAGAAAUACACAGCGGUCUGAGGAGCCAUCAACAAACCUCAACCAAAACACCGCUUGUUUGUAGCGAGACCUCAGGCCAGUCCAUUACUGACUACAGCGGGGUGCCACAGCUCAAGGAAGAACAUUUAUGAUCAUUUCUUCAUCAUUUCCUUAAAGUAAUAAUCAUCAUAUUAAUCAUUUUGCACUGCAGACUCGGUAGUUUUUCUGUCUUAGCGUCUCGGUCUGAUUGUGUUUCCAUGAAGAAAUGAUCAUCUAUGUUUUUCCUUGAGCUGCGAAACUCCGCUGCACUCAGGGCUCCCCCCACAAACAAGCCGCUGCUGGAGGAGCGACAGAUCACGGUAUUUUUAACGAUUCCUGGUGGUUUCUACUGAUGUACAUCGAGGGAAAUAACGACACCACCUGUGGGGUGUCUUAGCCCCGCCCACCAGAGGUUCAUGUAGAGAUUCAAUAACCUGAAGAGAGGAGAGUGAAGAAGAGUUUCUGUUGUUUCUCCUUUAACGUUAAACUGAAGUCUUUUGUCUUUAUGAUCAAGUUAAAUUUGACUCUUUAUCCAUAAAAACUAAAUCAGUCUUCUUCUCUUUGACUCGGUUUGAUCCCUCCAUGUUUACUCCUCUCUUUUCCUCCUCCACGUCUCGUCUUAACGCCUUUCCACGUCUUAAACUAAGCUCUUCCUAUUGUCUCGUUGUGUGUAAAUGUUUGUGUGUCUUUUUCUUCCUUUUUACUCACCGUCUAAUCCCUCAGAUUAGUUUGGCAGCCUCUGCUGAAGGUGAGGAUCCAUCCUGCUAAAGAAGAGUCAGAAAACGUUUAAGAUCUUUUCAGAGGAAAUUUCUGACCUCCUUACACGGCGACUCUUUCAGGUGUUGACGGAGGAAAUUCAUUGAAAAGAGAGUGAGAGGAAUCCCCCGCUCCGAGCUUUAAACUCAGACAAACUGUCGUGAAUCGGAGUAAAACAAAAAGGGAAGGGACCAAAAUGCAAAAUUAAAAAAGGAUUCAUUAAAAAUGAACUAAAGGAAAAGGAACAAAAACUUUCUUUAAAUGUCCAACUGAAAAAUCCCAAAAGCAGAAUACCACGAGAAGCAAAAUCCAAAAAGUAGUGAUGGGCACGGCAGUUCUUUUAGAUGUACUGAAUCACUAGAACCAGUUCACUAAAAAGAUUUGUUCAAAAGAUUCAUCCACCAAAUUUCUUAGCAGGAAAAAUGAACUUGUUUAUAAGUCAUGAUGUUUUAAGUGUCCUAUGGUAUGUUAUUUAUCAGGUCUGCUCAACUGAAGUGAGAAACGAACGAAUCACUUCAGGAAGUGAUUUGGUUCAGUACAUUCACUUAAAAGAUUCGGUUCUUUUGAACAAAUCGUUCGCAAAUGACACAACACUACCAGAAAGAAAAACACAAAUAACUGGGAACACAAGCAUACACGAGUGAAACGAGCAACGAGACACAGGUGCAGACAAUUACAGAGGAGGGAAAACAAGACUAGACACACAAGGAUGGACUCCUACAAAAUAAAACAGGAAACACUGAAAACUGAUCUACAGAAUAAAACACUGAGAACAGGAGGGAAACAUGAGGGGUCAGACACAAACUACAGGGGAACAAGAACACUCAAAUAAACAAGAGAAGGAGAAAACUAAAGUAACAAAACAUAUCAUGACACAAACUUAACUUUAGAUCGAGUCGUUUUGACUUCAGCGUGAAUCCUGAAGCGAUGCUGAACACCACCGAUUGUUUUUUGUCAGGAGAAGUUUGUCGUUUCCUCUCCUGAGAAAUUAGACCUCGUUAAACUCAAACGAGUUUCAGGUGUCUGAAUCUGAACAGUUUUUAUGAUCGUCGCUCUGAGAGGAGGAGGCGGUGAGAAAAUAAAUGGAUGUUUGUUUAUGGGCUGAGAAAGGUCAGAGUGUUUGCAAAGGUUUCUGGGUAAUUGCAGGGGUUUGAUUUAGGUGGUACUUUGAGGUCUAGUGAGAUAAUACCAGAGUUUUUACGAUGUCUGUGUCUGAUCUCGUCUUCAGAUCUCGGACGCUCUCAUCCGGAGGGUCCACAUGACAGAGGGCCAAUGGGGGAAGGGGACCCUCACCCCAAGGAUGACCAGCGACUUUGACCUCACCCUGGACAGUGGACCCCUCCUGCAGACCAUCCACCAGCUGGACUUUGUCCAAAUGAAAGGUAAAGGGGAGGAGACGGUGGUCAGCUGUCCUCCUUUAAAUACACAGACAUGAAAACCGAAGACAGACGAGGUAUUUUAGAUGUACUGAAUCACUAGAAUCAGUUCACUAAAAAAAGAUUCGUUCAAAAGAUUCGUUCACCGAAUCACUGAAUCAUGUAGCGCUUGGUGGGAGGAGCCUGUGACUCCGACCUCCUAAAUUAAUACACAGCUGAGGAAGUCAUUCAGUUCAGUACGUUCACUUAAAAGAUUCGGUUCGUUUGAACGAAUCGUUCGUGAAUGACAAAACACUAAGACACCGUUUUUGAUUUUGAAGAUCAUUUUUUCAUAUUUUUUCUGCUGCGUUUGUUAAACUCGUCUCGAUUAAUCCAAAUGUUCAAACCAGCAAAAAUUUGAGAGUCAUGAUUCAUCGACAGAAUAUUUGUUGUUUUUAUUCUCAUGAUUCAUUCAGCUGAAAUAUUCAUGGAUUCAUCUUUACAAACAUGUAUGAGUGACAGUUUACACAGUAUUGAUGUGCUGCAGACGUGUAAAAGUCAGGAAGUGUGUGUGUGUGUGUGAGUGUAUAUGUGUGUGUGUGUGUGUACAUAUGUGUGUGUGUGUGUGCACGUGCUGUUACUCUGGUAACCUGGCCUGAUUUCUCCUCCUCCUCCCUCUCUCUCUCUCUCUCUCCCUCCCUCUCUCUCUGUCUCUCCCUCUCUCUCUCUCUCUCUCUCUCUCUCUCUCUCUCUCUCUCUCUCUCUCUCUCUCUCUCUCUCUCUCUCUCUCUCUCUCUCUCUCUCUCUCUCUCUCUCUCUCUCUCUCUCUCUCUCUCUCUCUCUCUCUCUCUCUCUCUCAGUCCCGGCUGCUCCCAUGCUACAGCUGGAGGAAUGCUGCACUCAGAACAACAGCGCCACGUUGUCAUGGAAACAGCCGCCACUCUCCACCAUCACCGUGGACGGGUACAUCCUGGAGCUGGAUGAUGGGAACGGGGGUCCGUUCAGGGUACGUUCAGAUUUAUGAUUCCGCUGAUUAAAGCGUUCAUAGUUUCCCAUCAGGAGGCUCUUUGUCGGGUUUAUCUUUAGGUUACGGGACAAAAAGGAACCAGUUUGAGUAAUAAGUCACCUUUACAGAGCGCCACCGCCACCGCCGCCCCCCACCCUCUCUCCACAAAGGCUCCUUCAGACGGUGCCAGAGAGGACACCAGUUCAGCCAGAGGAGUGUGAAAGCAGCACAUUGUCGCUGAAAUCCCUCCGCUGGGUGUGUGACGGCCGUACCGCACGGCUCAGAGUGACAUGAGAGUCAUGUGACACACUGUAGAGAGGCGUUGAAUGACACGCCGCCGUCAGGAGAAAGGCGCUGUAACGCAGCUGUCAGCUGGGAUGAUCCUGCAGGCAGCGUGAUCCUGCAUCAAAGAGGGAUUCAUGAGCUCUCAGAGGAUCACCGUGUAACCCAUCCACCUAAACCCCCCCACCGCCGCCGCUCUAUAGGCGGAGGCCCCCGCUUUGUUAUUGUGGCAACUUAACCCUCCUGAACGAUCCUGAACAAUAAGAGAGGAAAUCUGAGCAUGACCUCCGAGCGUUUAAAGGCCCUCCUCCAGUCCAGCUGACCUGCUGACUCUACAAACACUCAGACUUUUCUCCACUUUAUUAAAAACUUAAAUUAUUAUAUUUUUAUACCUGCAGCUUUUUUAAAUCAAAAUAGGUUUAUUCUGUUUCAUGUGCAGAUUUCAAAUCAAAGUUCUGGUGUUUUUCACAGACAGGAUCAGACUAUGUCAAGAAAAAGAGCCAAUGAACUUUACUAAAUAACACCGUUAAGACGGUGUCUCAUAAAGUGAUCAUAUUUUAUACUUUUAUUUUGAGAGUUUUUCUGCCUUGCUUUAUUUCCUACAUAAAUCUAUGCUUUUAUUUUGAAGUAACACCAACUUCUGGUGGAUUAUAAGUUAGAAAGAAAGGAGACAAUACGAUAAACAAUGAUCAAACACAUGACAACAUUAUUGGCCCUUAUCUAAUCAGAUAACAUUUAAUAUGAUUAAGGACCAAAACUGAUACAGUAUGAUCAGAUCUGAUACAAUACUAUUUGUAAUGUUGUGAUUCAAUGUGAUAUGAUGCAAUAAAAUAGAUGGAUACAUCUAUUAUAUUGUAUUGUAUUGUUUCGUAACAAUACGAUAUUAUAGAUACAAAACAAAACAAUACAAUACAAUCGAUAGAUACAAUAAAAUACAAUAUGAUGAUACGAUCGGAUAAAUAAAUAUGAUACAAUAUGAUACAAAACUAUUUGAUACAAUACAAUACAAUAUUAUAGAUACCAUAUGAUACAAUACUAUAUGAUAUGAUACGAUACAAUAUAAUAGAUAGAUAAAAUACAAUAUGAUACAAUAUUAUACGAUAUAAUACUAUAGAGAGAUACGGUAAGAUACAAUACGAUACAAUACUAUACUAUACAAUGCAAUAUUAUAGAUAGAUACGAUACAAUACAGUAUGGUACGAUACGAUAGAUGAAUACGAUACAAUACGAUAUAAUAUGAUACAAUAUUAAACGAUGCAAUAUUAUAGAUUGAUACGAUACAAUAUAAUGUAAUAAUAAUACACAAUACAAUAAAAUAUACAAUAUUGAGAUAGAUACGAUACAAUAUAAUAUAAUAGAUUCGAUACGAUACAAUACAAUAAGAUAUGAUAUGAUAUCAUAGAUACAAUUCCAUAAUAUAGAUAGAUACUAUAUGAUCCAACGGGAUAUAAAGCUGUCUGUCAUCAGGUUUCUUUAUUUCCUACAUUGUUGAAUAAAAGUUAAAUUAUACAGUAACCCACAGAUUCACGGUUAAUUUAGAGUUUUGGUUUUCAACAACUCGUACAGAGCUGCUUUAAGAUCUUAAUAGGAGUCUGCUUCUUCUGCUUCUUCUUCUUCUGUGGCAAACAGCAUGAAGGACUUCCUCUGUGACACGCCCCUGCUGUUUGCUGAUUGGUCAAACCUGGUUUUGAAACCCUUUGACUUUGAGCUGCCCCCUCUUUAUUUCGUCUAACUCCUCUCCGAGUUUUGAUGUUGAUUUUCUCUCUCCCUCCUCCCACUGACUCAUCGAGCCUCGCCAACUCUGCUUCAUGCUGAGCUCGCCGAGUUGUGUCCCUGAGUCUAUUUAUACAGCGGCGUGGGCUGCCUCGCCCACGCUCAGCCGUACAAACUCUCGCUCUCGCUCACUACUGUACACUCAUCGCCGUUUUCUAAAAGACACGCUCCCUAAAGAGAGCAGAGCGGACCGGGUGUCAGAGCGGGGCGUUUGUCUGUUUGUGUGUCAUCAUAACGGCGCCCUCUGUGUGUCUUCACAGGAAGUCUACGUGGGGAGCGAGACCAUCUGCACCGUGGACGGACUUCACUUCAACAGCACGUACAAGUCGAGAGUGAAGGCCUUUAACGCCAGCGGAGUGGGACAGUACAGCAAGACGCUGAUCAUGCAGACCUCUGAGAGUACGUCCACCUCUUCCUCUUCCUCCUCCUCCUCCUCCUCUUCUUCCUGAUAAUAUAAAAUCAUUAUAAGUUAUUAUAAGUUAUCUUUAAGGAAAAAUAAACUCUUCAAACAGAAUUCAAACCUCAAACAACCGUCCUCAAAGACCUGUACUGCAGCCAGCCAGCAGGGGGAGCUCUCUUUCACACACUUCAAUACACAACAACAUCAUUUUAGACACUUAAGUCCCUUAAAAUUGUUUAUAUAACGUUAAAAAAGUAAAAUAAAUGGGGACACAGUGUUAUAAAUUGUUAAUGCGGUCAGGCAAACAUCUUUGAAACUUUAAUUCUCGGCUCUGAUCGCAGAUAUGAGAGAGUUUCUUCGUCAUUCUCACAGCGUGAAUCACAGACUCUUUUUGAGUUUUCGGCUCAUUAAUAUGAAAAAACUCAAUUUAUACCAAAAUGAUCUAAAGAAUAAUAAAUUGUCGCUGUAAGAUCUUCAGAAGGACGUCUUCAGAAGAAUUUAUUAUUCCUCUUUUUCUAAUUUUCAGGCUGAAAAACAUGAAUUUGUAGUUUUUGAUUUUGGUCCAUCAGUCGUCCUCUUCGUCCUCUCUUAUGUCCUGACCCGGUGUGAAUUCUGUUUUAAGGGUUUGUUCAUCCAGGUGUGGUCGGUGUUUAAUCCUCCCACGUGCUCGCUCUCCCGUUAGUUAAAUCUGCUCUUGACCACGAAGGCUCAGACCGCCGCUCCACCAGCUGAUCUGAGCGUCUGUGAUUCGUAAAGAUCAGACGCCCUCCUCCCGUUUUUAUUCCGUUUUGCCUCGACAGAAAAGUGUGAAUCUCUCCGUCUUUCUCUUUGUUUUCACGCCUCUUCUUCUUUUGUCUGUUUUUAGGGAUUUGUUUCUUUUGUUUUGGGGAUUUUCUCUAACCAGAACCGUCCCUGAUCAAACCUGCCUUCUCCCCACUCCUCCUCCUCCUUCGCCCCUCCUUCACUGCUUCACUGCUUCGCUCUCCUCUCCCCUUUUUCUUUCUCCCUCUUUCUUUUCUCCCCCUUCAUUUCAUAUUUCAGCUGGACUCCCUCCAUGUGAUAUUCAGUCUAUAGGCACAGGUAUGGACCGCUCUCAUUGCCGAAUCUUCCUUUUCUCCUCCUUUCCUCCCUUCCUCCCUUCCUUCCUCUCUUCAUCGGUUCGUUUUCACUCCGUCUCAGCAGGUGGGCAGUUUGCUGCUCUGUGGGCUGCACUUAAUAAAAGCUCAGCGCAGGUUUUAUUUCCCGUGGGAAAUAAAAGUAUGAUGUGAUGAAACUUGACUGCAGAUAGUGACACCUGACAGCUGAGCGGAGCCCAGAAAACGUGCAAACGUCCCGUCUGCUGCUCUCCCGCCUUCCUCUGUUCAUUUCUAACCCGAGUCAAACAGUUUGUAAAAUCAUGUCCGUGCAGUUUCAGCCGCUCACUGUGAGUUUACUGUUUACUAAAAUAAUAAGAUGAUAUCAAGUCUUAUAGAUAUUGAUAAAUGUGGUUUUUAAGGUUUCAAGUGAAUAUAAUAAAAGAUAAGAUAAGAAUAUAUGUUUUAUCUAGUUUUUGAUGUGCUACGUCUUGUUGUACAGAAGAACAUUGCAUUCACUUACAAAAAAAAGGAAAAUGAUUUUUUUUUACUAUUUUUUUUUCUUCUUUUUGUUUUUUGGACAUUUUUUUUGCUAACUAAGUGAGAUACUUCAAAAUCCUGCGAGAAUCUCAUACAAUCAGAUAACGUUAACCACCAAAUCAGCAGAUCCUCCCGCUCCUAAAUAACUUCAACUACAGGGUUAAUGAGAGUAAAACAUGUUAUUAGUUAAACAUAGAGUACAGAAAUCCUGAGGUGUCUCUGCAAAGUAUUCAAACUUAUGACGAUUCCAUCGAUCUGACUUAAAGAGGAGGAGUUUCAUAUUUUUCGCACUAUAAGGCGCACUUCAAAUCCUUUUGGCUUGUCGGAGCGCUGCAGCUACUGUAGCCUCGCAGAGUUAUUGAAUGAGUUAAAGUUUGACUUAUUUGACUGUUUUAUUUGGCUUGAUGUGCCUUAUAAUCCGGUGUGCCUUACAGUGCGAAAAAUACGGAAAAUAUCUCCCAGUGUCUCAAACCCAAAAGAAAGUAAAACCUGAUUAAACUAAACAAGAGGGUCAUAUUUGUUUCCAAUAAAUCAAACAGAGGGGGAUGAAAGUGUCUAUUUUUAAAUGAUCAUGACCCCGGAGAAGAGGAAAAACAGUUAGUCUGAAAAACAGAAAAGAAAAAUAAAUUACUCUGAAAAACAGACCUUUUUUUGGUGAAUGCAUUAUGUUUCCGUACCGCUGAGAUGAUGGGAGGACGAAGGAAGUGAUAAUCAUGGAGGUCUGAGGUCAAACCUCAGCAGACACAACCGAACCUCUCAUGAAACAAACUCCGCCUCUUAUUUGCAGCCUGGCUGACGCUGGUUCGAUAUUAUUAGUUAAAAUAUAUUUUAAUAACUUCAGUGUUUCUUAGUUGCUUUGGCUCAAUUUUCAGACGUUUUAAAGGCUCUCAACACUUCAGAGUAGUUUAUACAGACUGGAAAUCUUCACCCAGUUUUGCUGAUGUGUGCAGUUUGCUCUUGUUUUGUGUCUAAUAAUGAAGAUAAGCUGUCAGCAUCUCCCCUCUCUGCUGCACAGAGCUGCAGCUGAGCACUUUAAUCCUGAUGCCUCUGAGGAGUUGAAAAAAACCUGUAAUUCCUAAACAGUCAAGCUCGUAGGUGAGGAGGUUUGAGCCACAGACAGCAACAGACUGAUCUGACACUUAAUUAUGCUGUUUAAAAAAAAAAACCCUAAAGGACUAAAAAUGUCUGUUUUUGUUGUUCAGAAGCAACAAGGUGUUGAGAGGAUUAAAUUCACUGAAUCGAGCCAAAGCAACUGAGACGAUUCUUAAAGUUAUAAAGAUGAAUUUAGAGUUGUUAAGUCUUUUCUAUAGAGUGAUAAUGUUAAUAAAUGAUCAUUAAAGAUAAUUAAGAGUUUUCUAAAGUGAUCGAGGAUCAUCUCGUCUUUCUCAGGUGGUUGUUUUUCAGUGUUUCUUCACCUCAUCUAACCUGCGGCCUCCGCACUCACCUCCCCUUCGUAACGGCAUGAUCACCCCCCCUCCCCCUCCUCUGACUCUCACUUUGAUACUGAACACGUCUACCUGUCAUUCCAGUCGCCUGGUUCACCUUUGACCCCGCUUCAGCUCACCCCGACAUCAUCCUCUCCAACGACAACCUGACGGUGACGUGCAACAGCUACGACGACAGGGUGGUCAUGGGUAACUCCGCUUUCUCCCGCGGCGUCCAUUACUGGGAGAUGACCAUCGAUCGCUACGACAACCACCCCGACCCGGCCUUCGGGGUCGCUCGGGGCGACGUCCUCAAAGACGUGAUGCUGGGGAAGGACGACAAGGCCUGGGCCAUGUACGUGGACAACAACCGCUCCUGGUUCAUGCACAACAACUCGCACACCAACAGGUGAGAGAGUCCGAUACUUCAGAGUCCGAUACUUCAGAGUCCGAUACUUCAGAGUACGAUACUCACGGUUUCCGAAAAGAUGAUUGAGGACUGUUUGUGGUCAGGAUUCCUGGAUGACGUUCGUCUGGAUCAGAUGUUUAGCAGUAGAAUAUUUUACGUACAGAUGACUCAUGUUGUCAUUCUUGUAUGUCUGCGCCGCAGGACGGAUGGCGGCAUUGCUAAAGGCGCCACGAUAGGCGUGCUGCUGGACUUCACCCGCGGGAUCCUCAUCUUCCUCAUCAACGAUGAGCAGCAGGGUCCCGUGGCGUUCGAAAGCCUGGAGGGCGCCUAUUACCCGGCGAUCAGCAUCAACCGAAACGUCCAGGUACUCAAAGAUUCUACAUCUACGUAUUUCAUCACUCGGUAUCAGCCUGUAAUAUUUGUUGAUUUCUGCAAAUUUUCAGCAUUUUACAGACUUCAUUCAGCUGUUUCCAGUCAUUCCUGGUAUGGCUGCCAUCUUGAAAGUAACAGGGGUCAUAGGUCACCAAUAGUGUGACUACUGUGGUCACCAGUUGUGAGGUAGAAGGAAGCUUCUGGCCAAUUGCAAAGUUCCAAAUUUGAAUUCUGCUCCAAAAGAAUAACCGGUUUGACACAGAGACUUGUGAUUGGCGGCCAUCUUGAAAAAUGUCAGCCAUCCUGAAUAUGAAAUAGAAAUUUUAAAUAAUUAAAUUAAUUUUAAAGACAUUUACCAAGUACUACGUAAGGUAAAUAAGUCUGAAAUGCCAUAUUAUUAUUUCCAUCUUUCAUAAGAAAACGGUUGUUGCUGGCGGCUAUUUUGAAAAAUGGCUGCCAUGGCCGCCAUGUUGAAAACUCACAAUGCCUCCACAUCCAAAUCUUUUGGGAAUGCCUUUGGCUAUAAGUGCACCAAAUUUCAUGCUGUUAUCACAAAAUGCACGAUCGUUCUGACUACCUGCUGCACUGGUGUCCCUCAGGGCUCUGUCCUGGGUCCCCUCUCUUUUAGAUGAUACUCCUCACUUUCAGAGCAGCCUGUAAAGUCUCUCUUCUCUUUAAAUCUGAACUCCUGCACAGAAAUAAACACACCUGCACUCUCAAUACUUCCUUAAUCAUGAACCUCACUGCGCCACUGUUACUUUUUAUUAGCCCUGUCUCAUUAAGAAGCCUCGGUUGUUUUAAAAAAUACUUGAAAAUUAACUUUAUCAUGUUUAUUUAUGAAGAUUUACACUCCAGUAAUGUACCAUUUGAUGAUUAAUGUGAAAAAAUUGAGAUCCCCUUUUAAAAAGUGUUUUUCUGCUGCAUUAUUCAGCUGAAGAAGUCGGUGCAGAGACGUUUCUGUUGCUCUCAGCGAUCGUUUUUCUUCUUAACAGCAUCUAAAAGUCAAAUUUAAUCACUCGUAACAUAUUCAGAUGUAAGCGUCUCAAACAGCUCCAGGUGGUGCUGUUUUAUAAACUAAAACUGGCUCUUUGAACACGAGGUUCCCCCUCCUUCGGCGGCGCUGCCUGCAGCCUCAAACAGGAGGGUUUUACAUGUAGGUCAAUAAACGAUCAGUGGAGUACAGUAAUUAUUGAUUAAACCGACGAACAAAUACCGACUCUGAGGAUUAAACCUUGAAAGAGGAAUCUUCAAAGACACGACAACAUUUAGCAGCUCUGAAUCUCUCCUCGCUCUCGGCCUCUUUUUCCAUUUUUAAUACUCAGAGUCUCUCUUCACUCACUGAGGAAACAGCUCAACGGCUCCACCUGCAGGCUGAAACGUCCUCGCACUUAUUUAUUAACCUAUAAACUGGAUGUAAAUGUGUUUCCCCCUCAGGUGACGCUGCACACCGGACUCCCCAUCCCGGAUUUUUACACCCCCGGGGAGGCAGAUCCCACCGGCUCUGUCUGCUAAAGACUCUCCAGGAAAACCUCUCCAGGAUUUUCCAGGAUUCAUCCAGCCAGCCAAUGACUCAAAGAUCCCACUCUCACCCUCACUCUCUCACUCCUCCUCCCUGCCCUCCCUGACCGACUGACCCCAUGAAUCUCUACAAGAGGCCCCCUCCAGCGCUGAGCCAUGCCUUUAUCAUGCCUAAACCUUGAACACGUGGACCGACUGCAGGACGAGGAAAAAACACGCCGCGCUGCGCAAUCUGUUCCCGACAUGACGCAGAGAGAUGAAGAAAUCCUGCAGGACGGUGAAACCCGUUUCAAUAAUGUGCCCUCAUCGUCUGAGGAGAGUGACGACUGAAACCACGUUUACACCUCGACUCUAAAUAUGAAGCUGACCAGAGUGUAGAAGUACGUCCACCAGAACCUCCGGAGCUCAUUUAUGAAACCGUCAAAUUUUCAUGAAUGUAAAUAAAACAUGUCGAGGUUCUACGAGCACAAACGGAUUUGAGCACAUCACGGUGCUGAUGAGUGAGCUCUGACGAGGCGGUGGUGGAGGGCUGAUUCUGUCACCUCUGGACCGGUGCCGUGGUCACCAGAAUCAGAACUUUAAUCCGGUCUCAAGUCCUGAAGUUGAGAUCGAGCUGAGUCCUUGUAACGCUGUUUAAACCUAAACCGUCUUGACUGGCCUUGUGGGACCUUCUGGAGGCCUAAAAACACAUUCCUGUAUCGACUUUAGAUUCUGCUGUCUUCUUUCACUAUGUUCAGCAAUGUGCAGUUUCCAUGCGGACGUGUAGCUCCUCCUUGAUAAUCUGAUCUUGCUAAACAAAAGAGAGAUCAGUUUUAAUCAGUUUUAAUUCCCCAAAAGCUGAAAUUAGCUCCAGACUUCGGCCAAAAUGAAGAACAGAACGAAGCCAUGAAAUCGACCGUCUCUACUAGGGUCCGACCGACGCCGAUACUGAUUAUUAGAGGGGGAAAAAAUCCGAUUACUGAUUAAUCUGCCGAUCUUUUAAAAUUUUUAUGAAGUUAUUAAAAAUAUAUAUAUACUGUACAAAUCUACAGUAUACUACUGUACUACUGUACCGCCUCGAUCACUAAUGUGUACUGUUGUUUAUUCUACCGUUCCUGACACGGCUAACAGUGUAGCUAACAGGCUAAUAGCAGGUGGCUAACUCUAACUUUAGCUCGCUUGUUGACUUAUUGUGUAUUUCACAAACUGGUUUUAUUUCCCGUUGAGGCGGACCACUCUCCUCCGUGCGUCCCUGAGCUGCUGCUUCAGAUCCGUCACUCUGCUGUGCUGUGAAGUAGUUAGUGGAUGAAGAUUUGCAUGAGGUCGCUGCGCCAUCUACUGGAUAAGUGUAAGUGAAACCGAAUCUUAUUCUCCGCAUUUUAUUUCUGAAAAUAUCGUCGAGUUUUGGCCGAUUACGAUUAGUCUCAAACGCGCUAAAAUUGGCCGAUUUAAUCGUCUCGCUGAUAAAUCAGUCGGGCCCUAGUUUCUACCAAGACCUCCUCCAAACGAACUAGAAACCAAAAACAAAACCUAAGAAAACAAAAGGAUCAGAUCGAUAAUGAGACUACAGACAUGACAAGACCCAAACUACGACACCGCUGCAGCGGGUCACAGACGCUGGUGUUUCCUGUCUCAUGCGUCGCUAAGCUAACGGUCUGCAGCUUCAUAUUUAGCACAGAGACAAAUGAAAGAUGGUCCUUUAAAGCGACUGUCUGCAAGAAAAGCAAAUAAGCUCACUGAACUGAAGAACUGAAGUUGUUUUGUAAAUGAGUCGACGUAGAGAAAAUGUCCCUUCUUCAUUUUUCUCCUUCUGUCUUUAUAAACCUGUGAACAAAAACUCUGUACAUCCUUUACCAUGUAGACCACUAGGGGGAGCUUUAGAGGUCGAUUGUUGUGCGUGUGCGUGUGCGUAUGCGUAUGUGUGUGUGUGUGUGUGUGUGUGUGUGGGUUAAAGGUGGUCCUCAGCUGUGUUUACCCCCGGACUCUCAGCUGUCGUUCCUCCUCCGUCUGUGUUCAUGAGAUGCUUCGAGCUUCGCCCGUGUGAUCCUCCCGUACCGUCUGUAAAAAACAAAACAGUAAUAAUCUGUGAAUUUGACUUUGACUGGAAGCAAAGAUUCCUCUGAGUGCAGCUCUCGAACCCGAGGACAGAUGUGGUGGGUGUAUCAUAGAAAUGUAAAUCUCCGCGUGUUUGGAGUGGUGCAGGUGAUGACUGUGAAGCUGCUGGAUUACGGUGCUACAGCAGCUCGCUUCUUUCUGGAUUUUUUUACCGUGGUCGACUGAAUCCUGGUCGUUUUGUAAUAUUGUUAUUGAGAUGAUCUAAUGCAGAGACGCGUAUAGAUAAAUAAGUUAUUGAUGUUUUUCAAUGAGAGUUCAGCAGCGUUCAUUUAUUUGAUGUAUAAUUAUCACAGAAGGAGGAAAAAGAGUCUUUCUGUUGCUUUAAAAAAAAUAACUUUGGAGUUUGAUCAGAAACCGAAGCGGCUUUUCUGAGUCUGUGUCCAGGAAACAGGAAACAGGAAACAGUGAUGCAUGGGGAGGUUUUCAAGGUGACACACUUUGGCAACAUGAUCCUCAACACAAAAUGAUCGAUAUUUGUUUUAUUUUAUUUUAAAGGAUUAAAUUAUUGGCAGCUCAGUGGAUUAUUUUAUGGGGACUAAAUCAUUUAAAUUCAACAAAUCUACCAUAUGGUGGUCAUGAAGGUCAACUGCACAUAAAACAAUAAAUUUUCUAUGGACACAGGAGAUCAUUAAAUACAAUAUUUUUGAAAACCAAAGCAGGCAACAUGAACUAAAAAAGAAACAACAACAAAAAAAAAAAUAAAACUAAAUUUAUUCACCAAAAUUCACAGAAAUUUCCUUUAACAUCAGAAUAUUUCUCAAAAUGAAAAGAAAAUAAACAAAAUUCAUAUUUGUGAAAUGAUUUGUGUGUUUUUAAUAUUUUUGUCAUAAUUUUGAGUUUCAAACAUUCUUACAGUUUGUGAAUUUGUUUUGAUUUUUAUAAAACAUUUUUUGUCUUUCUUGAGAAACUUUUUAAUUUUUUUUUACAUUCUUGAUUAUUUAGAUUUUUUUAAAACAAUAUUAAUGUUUUUUUAACUUCUCGUUGUAAAACCAUUUAAUUUAAUAAGUUUUUGUUUUGAUACAUUUUCUCAUCUUGAUAAUUAUUUUUUAGUUUUGCAAAUAUCUGUUUUUUUUUUAGAUUCUGCAUUUAUUAAAUAUCUUUAGCAUUUGACAUAAUAUUAUUAAAUUCAAGGAUUUUUUUUUCUGCAUCCGUGAAAUGUUUACGCAGUUGACCUUCAGGGCCACCGUACGAGUGUUUCUACCCCAGUGUCACAGUCGUGAUUUAUCAACAUUUCGGAGUAAAGUGUCUCUUGUUUCUCCAUCACUGUGAAGUUUCGUCUGACCUUCUUCAGCUGCUCAGUUUGAGGAAACUGUUGCCUCCUCGCGUCGCCCUGAAAUCCUCCUCUCUGUAUCGUUCUCCAAACAUGUUGAGCAUUCACAUCAGGUGCUAUCCUGUGUUUGAGCGUCAUGGGUGUGCCUUUCCCCCUCCUCACAACCCAAAAGAUUUCAGAAACUUUGCUCCAAACUGGACGCCUCGCCUCAGCAGAGUCGACUGAAACAUCUGUGAUGCCUGACUUCACCUGCUGCUGCUGCUUUGUGAUUUUUAACAGUCAUCAAAAGGGCAAACUCAACAAUAAUCCUGUCUGUUAUGAAUAAUAAACCCAUGGUGUUCCAGGACAUACUCCAGCCAGGUGUGGAAAGGUGUUUCCAUGACUUUAACCUCCUCUGGUCCUCUUCUUUAAUACUGAUUGUAAAUCUAAUGGUACUUCUAUCACAUGGACGCUAAAGUGGCUGCUCACAGUAAACUCUAUAACCCUCAGUUUGAUAUGUGCAUGUGUGCUGAUCCAGACAUCUGCAGCAUCCAAAUGUUGCACAACGUUUCCUGCGAGGAUGAUUAUGAGCUUUAAUUUUGGAGAUUUUAAUCAGCGUCUUUCACUUUCAUUGUAGCGUUUUUGUUCGGUCUUAAUCAGAAAAUAAUGAGAAGAGAGCGGCUCGCUCAGCAGAGGGUCACCGAGCAUCGAGAACUUCCUUUGACCCAAAACAGAGACACUAUUAUCACAGAUUUACACAACCUCAGAUUCCAGGACGAGUUAACAAAACACUCCUCUGUUACUGUAGAAAACAAACUCCGCUCUCCUGAAACAUCUCCUGUGUGAAUAUGUGAUGUUUUACUGACUUCUUUGUUUUAGAAAUAACACAAAUGUGUGUGUUUUUUUGCUGCUCAUGAGGGUGCUCCUGUUUUAAAGAGUGUGAGUGUGAGAUUCAACAUCAUAAAACAACCAAAUACAUGAAAAUCUUUAACCACAACGAGAGGAUUCAGAGUCUUUACAAAACUUUAUGAGACAAAGUUACACACAGUCGCUGUGCGACACUGGGUGUUAUCUCCAAAUGUACAUACAUAUGGUGUGUGUGUGAGUGUGUGUAUGUGUGUGUAUGUGUGUGUGUGUUAGCGGCAUUGUAACCUCAGUUUAACUCCAAAGUGAUUCUUUUUGCCCUGUUUGACCUGAGCUAGAAUGUCACCUCUAUAUUAUUAUAAUUAUUAUUAUUUACAAUAAUGAUACUGAAAUAUGUCUAUGGAGAAUUUUAAGAUUAUAAAGUCAUUGUUAUUACGAUCAUUUUAACACAGUAUGAUUAUUAUGAUUGUUAUUAUUCUAUGUCUAUCAUUACUGCUAUUAUUAUGAUGAUGAUCUGAAGUGUAAAAUGAGCCUCUGUGUUUUUUUGUAUGUGUGAAUAUUCAAUAAAUAGAUGUUAACAAUUUACCUAUUUGAAAUAUCUAUCUAUCUAUCUAUCUAUCUAUCUAUCUAUCUAUCUAUCUAUCUGUCUAUCUAUCUGUAUCUUUAUGUCACCCUGUUAUCAGUUGGCGCAGAAACACAGCAUUCAUUUGAAGUACAAAGAUAACUUGUGCUAUAAAAAAGAACAUUGUACAAUAGGCUGUUUUAAUACACAUAAUAUUGGCAAUAACCGUCUUAUUAAAAUGAAAUUUUGAUAUUAAGUCAAAUAUUAGUCUUUAGUACGACCUUGAGCCC